UUGUGAUAGAUCCCUUAUCAAAUCAACAUUCCAAAUUGCGAACCUGGUUUUAAAAGAGAGAGAGAGAGAUUGCAAGUCUUUUCCCUUUAUUUUUUAGUCAUCAAACCAAACAAGUAUAAAUGCCUCAUGAGGCUCUAGGAAGAGCGACUCUUAACAAACCAUGCUUUUGAACUCUAACAUGGGUACUGCACAACCCCAUAAAAUUAAAGUGGCAAUGGCACUGAUGAUUCUUUGGGUGUUAGUGAGAAAUGGGAGAGUGAGCUGCAAGGUUGUGUUAUUUAUAUUUGGGGACUCUCUCAUUGAUGUUGGGAACAACAAUUAUCUGAAUGGAACUUUGUCCAAAGCUAAUUUCCCUUGGUAUGGCAUUGACAUGGGAUAUGGGAAGCCAACCGGCCGGUUCACUAAUGGCCGCACCGUGGCUGACAUUGUGGGUGAUAAAAUGGGUCUCCCUAGACCACCUGCUUUUUUAGAUCCAUCUUCAACCACUGAUGUCAUACUGAAAAAUGGAGCAAAUUAUGCGUCAGGUGGAGGUGGGAUUCUGAAUGAAACUGGAGACUUGUUUGGGCAAAGGCUAUCUUUCUACAGACAAAUUGAGCUAUUUCAAGGCACUAGAGAAAUGAUUGUAAGGAGUAUUGGAAGUGAUGAGGCAGAUGUGUUCUUUAAAAGUGCUCAAUUUGUGGUUGCAAUAGGGAGCAAUGACUUUCUCAACAACUUCUUGCUUCCAAUAUAUGGUGGCUUUUGGACAUACAAUGCAGAUGAAUUCAUCAACCACUUGCUGGAAACCCUUGAGAAACAGUUAAUUGUUAGUGAAAUAAAUGGCAUCCAAACUCUUUCCUCUAAAAUUUUAUACUUGAAGGUAUUGCAUAGCAUGGGAGCUAGACAAUUGACAUUUAUUGGUCUUGGGCCUUUGGGUUGCAUUCCUCUUGGACGCAUCAUGAACCUCUUUGGUGGAUACCAGGAAUAUGUGAACAACUUAGUCAUCAAAUUCAACAAUGCAGCUAACCAGCUCUUACAAGGCUUGUCAACACAUUUGAGUGACUCAACUAUGAGAUUUAGUGAUGCGUAUAGAAUGGUAUUGGAAAUAAUUGACAACCCUCAAAAAUAUGGGUUUGAUGACUCUAGGACUCCAUGUUGCACUGUUGGGGUAAUUCGACCAACUCUUACGUGUCUUCCAAUAUCAAGCCUAUGCAAAGAUAGAACGAAAUAUGUAUUUUGGGACGAGUUUCAUCCAACUGAUGCAGCUAAUGAGAUAAUCGCUCAUCAAAUUAUGUCAAACAUUUUUUAAGAGCUUCUCAUUCUCCAUUGUAUGAUUUAUAGGCUUGUAUAAAGUGUUUUGGGUAGCAUAUACUAUUUCUGUGUAGCCGACCCUAAUUAAUUAAAAAAAAGCUAUGAUGAUGUA